CGAGCUUGGUACCAUAGCCCUGCCGAAUUAAGAUGGAAUCUUGCAUCAUCGCCGCUACUGACGUGGACCAGCGAUCCCCAACUGCAUCUUACUACGUACUCCGCACUGUGACUCCAAUCUCAACACGAGCGCUCCUGCGAGCAAGAACACCCCCAAGCCGAAAAGCUCUCAGAUAGCUUCAAUUGGUCUCAAUCUGCGGGUGCUAGUUACUAUAUUAAGUAGCCGGUAGCUGCUAUCUAUCCGAAUUCGGAGAGCUCAUCAUAGAUUACGUCCCAACUCCGCUGAGCAUAAGUGCAUAAUACAUGUGUUAUCCCGACCAUCCAAACCCGAAAGUAUAAAAGCAUCGAAUGCCCCCAUCGCCCCCGCACCACCCCCAUUUUCCCCUGUGAAAGUACCAUCGUCGAUAUUACACUUGCAAAAUGCCUCUUGUUGCUAAGCGGCCGAAAGACCGGGUUAUCCUGGGCCUGAUGACCUUUGGGCCAGAUGAGAGUCAAGGCGCCCGCGUGACGUCUCUCGACGACUUCAACGAAUGCUUGGACUAUUUCCAAAGUCAAGGCUAUAACGAGAUUGAUACAGCCAGAACGUACGUAGGGGGAAAACAGGAAGCAUUCAGUGCCGAAGCCAAAUGGAAAGAGCGUGGAUUGACUAUCGCUACCAAGGCGUAUCCCUCCCAGCCAGGCCUGCACAAGCCGGAAGUCCUGACGAACACUUUCAACAAGAGCUUGUCGGAGCUGAAGUCUGAUAAAGUGGAUAUCUUUUACCUUCAUGCUGCGGAUAGGAGCGUCCCGUUUGCGGAAACCCUAGAAGCCGUCAAUGAACUCUACAAACAAGGCAAGUUUGUGCAGCUAGGUCUAAGCAACUACACUGCCUUUGAAGUUGCGGAGGUUGUCCUGACAUGCAAGGCAAAUGGAUGGGUGCGGCCAACGAUCUAUCAAGCCAUGUACAAUGCAAUCACGCGCUCAAUCGAGGCUGAGUUGGUAGUUGCAUGCCGUCGCUAUGGCCUCGACAUUGUGGUUUACAACCCCCUGGCCGGUGGACUCUUCUCUGGCAAGUACAAGACCAAGGAGAUUCCAAAGGAAGGACGAUACAGCGAAGCAGGCGGGAAGAUGGGCUCGAAUUAUCGCAAUCGAUACUUCAAGGAUUCAAUCUUUGACGCGCUCCGCAUCCUCGAGCCGGUGGUGCAGAAGCACGAUCUGACCCUUCUCGAGACCGCCUUGCGAUGGGUCGUCCACCACUCGGCCCUCAACAUCAAGGACGGAAAUGAUGGCAUCAUUAUCGGCGUGAGUAGCAUCAACCAAUUGAAAGGCAACCUGGCCGACCUCGAGAAAGGCCCUCUGCCAGAGGAAGUGGUCAAGGCCCUUGAUGAGGCAUGGCUGAUCAACAAAGCGACGACGGCCAACUAUUGGCACCUUGAUCUGAAGUAUACGUAUGACACACAGAAAGCGCUCUUUGGCUGA